ACUUACAUGAAACUUUGCUCUCUCAUUUCUAUCCUCCUCUCUCUCCUCAUUUUUUUCUCUCUAUUAUUUAGCUAAAUUUCUUAUAAUUUUCACGGGUCUCUCACUACUGUGAAGUUCUGAGAUUCUUGGAGCUGCUUCUGAGGUGAAUUCUUUGGAACUCUUGGUAGCUGGUGAAUUAAGGGAGAAAAACUUAAAAAGAACUUUGUGGGCUCUUGGAGAAUUUUCGUGAGUUUGUUGACGAAUUUUUGUGGGUUUAUGAGUUUGAGUUGAGUGACAGCGUUUUGGUGCUUUGAGUGGAUAUUUUUUUGUUGGCUUUUGCAGUUUUUGCUCGUGUUUUGAGUGCUUUCUUGGUGGGGGGUUUUGGGAUGAGAGAUCUAUGUUAACAAGUAGGGUGUAGAAAUGGCUGCUUCAGAGGUGUCGAUCAAGGGAUAUACUGAGCCAAGUGAUGGCCCAAGAGGGCUACCGGAAGUGGCUAAAAGUGUUUCCGGUGCCGGAAAAGUUGAUGCUGAGACGGCUCUGUAUACGGAGCUUUGGCGGGCAUGUGCUGGGCCGUUGGUGACAGUGCCUCGUGAGAAAGAGCUUGUGUAUUAUUUUCCUCAAGGCCACAUAGAACAGGUUGAAGCGUCAACUAAUCAGGUUGCAGACCAGGCGAUGCCUGUUUAUAAUCUGCCUUGGAAGAUCCUUUGUCGUGUGAUUAAUGUUCAAUUAAAGGCUGAACCUGACACCGAUGAGGUGUUUGCGCAAGUUACUUUGAUGCCUGAGCCAGAUCAAGAUGAGAAUGCUGUGAAGAAAGAGCCAGUGCCACCCCCUCCACCGAGGUUCCAUGUGCAUUCUUUUUGUAAGACUCUUACUGCAUCUGAUACAAGCACUCAUGGUGGAUUUUCAGUGCUGAGACGACAUGCUGAUGAAUGUCUUCCACAACUGGACAUGUCUCGACAGCCUCCAACGCAAGAACUGGUAGCCAAAGAUUUGCAUGGAAAUGAGUGGCGGUUUAGACAUAUCUUUCGUGGUCAACCACGGAGACACCUCCUUCAGAGUGGUUGGAGCGUUUUUGUUAGUUCAAAAAGGCUUGUUGCAGGGGAUGCCUUCAUAUUUCUCAGAGGUGAAAAUGGGGAGCUUCGUGUUGGGGUGAGACGAGCCAUGAGACAGCAAGGAAAUGCUCCAUCAUCAGUCAUAUCCAGUCACAGCAUGCAUCUUGGCGUGCUUGCAACAGCUUGGCAUGCCAUUCAAACCAAUACAUUUUUCACAGUUUAUUAUAAACCUAGGACAAGCCCCUCUGAGUUUAUUGUUCCUUUUGACCAGUAUAUGGAGUCUGUGAAAAACAGCUACUCCAUUGGAAUGAGGUUUAAAAUGCGAUUUGAAGGUGAAGAGGCUCCAGAGCAGAGAUUUACUGGAACUAUCGUUGGUACUGAAGAAGCUGAUCCAAAAAGGUGGCCAGAAUCAAAGUGGAGGUGCCUGAAGGUGAGAUGGGAUGAAACUUCAACUAUUCCUCGGCCUGAUAGGGUUUCACCCUGGAAAAUUGAACCUGCGCUUACUCCUCCUGCACUUAAUCCUCUUCCGGUGCCUAGGCCAAAAAGGCCUCGGCCAAACAUUUUGCCAUCAUCUCCUGAUUCUUCUGUGCUUACCAGGGAAGGUUCGUCUAAGAUAACCAUAGACCCUUCACCAGCUAGUGGGUUGUCGAGGGUCUUGCAAGGUCAAGAACCAUCGACCCUGAGAGGCACUCUUGGAGAAAGUAACGAGUCAGAUUCUCUAGAGAAGCCUGUCAUAUGGCCACCGUCUCUGGAUGAUGACAAGUUAGAUGUUUGUGCUUCUUCACGCAGAUAUGCUUCAGACAAGUGGUUGCCUUUCGGGAGGCCUGAAUCAUCAUUUACAGAUCUCUUAGCAGGUUUUGGGAGUCAAAUUAAUUCCCCAAAUGAGUUCUCCACAACUUCUGCUGAUCAAACUGUUGUUUCUGCUAACUCAAAGAAACGGCAAUUGCAAGAACAUGAAGGAAAAUUGAAUUACCUUGGAAGCCCAUGGUCGUUAAUGUCCUCUGGUCUUUCACUUAAUUUGAUGGAGCCUAGUGUAAAAACUCGUGGGCAAGGCACUGACAUUUCAUAUCAGACUCGAGGGGAUGCCAGAUAUGGUAGUUUUAACGAGUAUCCCCUGCUUCCCAGUAAUAGACUUGACAAUCAACAAGCUAAUUGGUUAAUGCCUCCGCCAAUGACCUCUUAUAUUCAGAUGCCUCCCAACUCCAGGGAGAUGGUUCAUAAACCUAUGUUGGUACCGCCGCAUGAGGUCGUCAAACCUAAAGAGGGGAACUGUAAGCUUUUUGGUAUCCCCCUUAUAAGCAACCCUAUGCCAUUAGAGCCAGCAUCAUCUCACAAAAAUAGAACAAUCGAGUCAGUAGGCCAACUACUUCCAGGAAUGCAUACUCAUCGGUCCUCUGUGUCUGAAUCUGAUCAGAGGUCUGAACAACCAAAGGGCGGAAAGGUGGCUGAUAAUGUGGUUGCUAGUAAUGAGCAGGAUAAGCAAUGCCAAACAUUUAAUCAAGUUACAAGAGAUAGGGAAGGAAAAGUCUCUGGAGGUUCAACAAGGAGCUGCACUAAGGUCCAUAAACAGGGGAUUGCCCUCGGUAGGUCUGUGGAUCUAACAAAGUUUAACAACUAUGAUGAAUUGAUCGCUGAACUGGAUCGGUUGUUUGAAUUCAACGGUGAAUUGAAGUAUCGGACUAAGCAUUGGUUGGUUGUAUAUACUGAUGAUGAGGGUGACAUGAUGCUCGUUGGAGAUGAUCCAUGGCAAGAAUUCUGUGGCAUGGUUCGUAAGAUCUUUAUUUAUACUAGAGAAGAGGUGCAACGGAUGAAUCCAGGGACACUCAAUUCCAGAGGCGAGGAGCAAUCAUCAGUUGCACAAGGCUUGGAUGCCAAAGAAGUGAAGAAUCUGCUACAGCCUUCAGCAUCAAGCCCUGAUGACUGCUAGAAUUUGAUCCUUUCAUUUAGGAUUUUGUGCAGAAGAGUGGCAGUAGACUGUUUGCCUCAACCCUGUUGAGUUUUGGACAUUCAGGCGUAGUGAUGCAUAUAUAUAGCCUUUUACUACCUGAUGGCAGGGUCUCUAUAUGUAGCUGAAGCAUUUCCUAUUGGCAAUUUUGCACCCUUCUUUGGAGCUUAUAUAUGGCUUCCUACUUUAUACGUACUAUACAUACCCCAUAUUAUCUUUUUAUCAGCAAGGCAUGGGUACCUUGCUUCAAGGCAUCCCCCCUUUGUACAUAGCCAACUCACGAUUUAACAGCUUUGGAUAGUAUGUCUAUACAUUGUCAAAUCUACUAGCCUUGGGCGCAUGUUUCUGUAGUAUUGACCUCUAAAAUGUGUAAUGAUCAAAUGUUUUAUAUUCACCCAAAUUGUAGUUGCAAUCACUUAAAUGUGAGUUUCUUGGGUUUUGAUUGGAUGUA